AUGAAGCUCCAAUUCCUUGCAACCAUCUUGGCCGGUCUUGCCGCAGCCAGCCCGAUUGAUCUCGAGGCUCGCCAACUUGCCCCAAUUGGGGAGAAUGAACUGCGGAACGGCGACUGCAAGGAUAUUACCUUCAUCUUUGCUCGCGCUUCCACCGAGCCUGGCUACCUGGGCAUCUCAACCGGCCCAGCUACCUGCGAUGCUCUGAAACUUGCAAGAAUUGGCAAAGUUGCCUGCCAAGGAGUUGCUCCUCGCUACACUGCGGACCUGGCGUCGAACUUCCUCUCCAAGGGUACCACGCAGGCUGCAAUUGACGAGGCCACCGAGCUUUUCCAGCUGGCAGCGUCCAAGUGCCCGAACACCAAGAUUCUGGCUGGUGGCUACAGCCAAGGAACUGCCGUCAUGCACGGCUCCAUCUCCGGUCUUUCGGACAGCAUCAAGAACCAGAUCAAGGGUGUGGUCCUUUUCGGCGACACCCGCAACAAGCAGGACAAUGGCCGUAUUCCCAACUUUGACACCGGCAAGACCAAGAUCUACUGUGCCCUGGGUGACUUGGUGUGCGAGGGCACCUUGAUCAUUACGGCUGCACACUUCACCUACGUGGCGAAUGUGCCCAGUGCUGUUACCUUCCUGUUGUCGAAGACUUGA